AUGGGAAUGUCUCUGGCGGAUCCUCCUCCUGCUCGUGACGCUUCCUGCUCGGCUCGUGCACAGCUGCUUCCUGUUCCCUGUCGGUUACACCCCUCCCCCUCUUCCUCCUCCUCCUCCUCCUCCCCCUCCUCUUCCUCCUCCUCCUUCUCCUCUUCCUCCUCCUCCUCCUUCUCCUUCUCCUCCUCCUCCUCCCCCUCUUCCUCCUCCUCCUCCUCUUCCUCCUCCUUCCCCUCUUCCUCCUCCUCCUCCUCCUCCUCCUCCUUCUCCUCCUCCUCUUCCUCCUUCUCCUCUUCCUCCUCCUUCCCCUCUUCCUCCUCCUUCCCCUCCUCCUCCUCCUCCUCCUCCUCCUCCUCCUCCUCCUCCUCCUCCUCCUCCUCCUCCUCCUCCUCCUCCUCCUCCUCCUCUUCCUCCCCCUCUUCCUCCUCCUCCUCCUCUUCCUCCUCCUUCCCCUCUUCCUCCUCCUCCUCCUCCUUCUCCUCCUCCUCCUCCUCCUCCUCCUCCUCCUCCUCCUCCUCCUCCUCCUUCUCCUCCUCCUCCUCCUCCUCCUCUUCCUCCUUCUCCUCCUCCUCCUCCUCCUCCUCCUCCUCUUAUCCCUCUUCCUCCUCUUCGUCCUCCUCCUCCUCCUCUUCCUCCUCCUCCUCUUCCUCCUUCUCCUCUUCCUCCUCCUCCUCCUCCUCC